AAAAAUCGUGUCAAACCGAUCCGAUCAUUUGGUCGGUAAUUAUCAAAUGUAUGUUAGUGAGGAUUGAUUGGAAAAUUGAAAAAAUUGAUCAAACCAUCAAUAACCGAUCAAACGGAAUUUAUGUCAAAAAAUCAAUAAAAACCGACGGUGGACACCCCUAAUGGAGAUUACAAAUGGUGUAUUCAUGAGACGCAAGAUUCACUGCAGUCCUCAACAUCGACUCCCAGGCCAGUAACCAGAAAUAGUCACUCCUAAAUGAUUCUUAGAUGCUAAUAUUCAAAGACAAAAGAAAAACAAAUGGAAUUGCUUUAAUGCUAUGUUACAUACUUACAUUCAGCAAGAUUGGUAUUUGGUAGCCUGGUAGGUCUAUGCCAUGGUAUGACUUCAACAAACAAAUGGACAGAUGUGAUGCAAGUCAGGGAGCCAACGGAAGUAUAUAUCAACCAACCAAAGGAACCAAUAUCACAAACAAGAAUGGCCACUACCAGAUUUUCAGUGGCCUCAUUCUCCUCACCCCUCCCUCUCUCUACGCCAUCUAUUUAUAUUCAGUGUGACGACUACUCUCUCUAACUCAUUCCACCACCAAACACAACUCUCAAAACCCCUACAAUUCGCACCCUCACCUUAGCAAGCUCUGCCAAGAUGGACAGCCACACCUUGCACACCAACGGUUUGAUACAAUUACACAGCCAAACCACCACUACCUGGAACACCAUCAUCGGCUUCAUCUUCAACAAUCUGUCAGAUGAGGCCCUCUUGUUAUACAGUCGGAUGAAAAAUGUCUUUCCCCGAGUUAAAUGUCACUCUUACACUUGCUCAUCUACCCUCAAGCCCAGUGCUGAGACCCGCCUUGUUGGUAGGAAAAGCCGCGGACUGCCAUCUUAUUCGUUGUUUAACGAAUCCGAGUGAGCCGGUAGAGUGGGAAGUGUGCUUAGUUGCAAUUUAAAACGGAUUCAAAAUUCGAAAUAGCGUCCCUGAUGCGGAGGUGAGACUGCAACUUUGACUCUCUUCUGAGCCAGAGGUGACAAUAACAUUGUGCACUGGAUUUGACCUUAAUGUGUAUGCACAACUCUCUUGUACUCCAGAUGGAAACUUGUUAUGAUUAUGUUCUGCUUCUU